CAAGCCCGAGGGGGGAGUUGCGGCGGGUUGAGGGGCUCGACUUGCUCGUUUUUUGUCUGUCGCGCUCGCUGCCCUCGCGCCGGGCCCGCGGAGGGAGCCCGGGAGGUCUCGAGGCGGGUGGGCGGAGAAGCCGGUACGGGGGCGUAGCAGGGCCGGCCCGGUGCAGCCGGCGUGCAAGCGCGGCCCGCGGCGCUCAGUGGCCAAAAUGGACAGAAAAAGGAGACCAGGGUGGCUGCCCUGCUGGGCCUUGGUGGCUGUGCUCUUGGCAAACCUGUUGGUGUUGACUGACACACUCGCAGUGAUGUCUGUGGAUCUGGGCAGUGAAUCAAUGAAGGUGGCCAUCGUCAAGCCUGGUGUACCAAUGGAAAUCGUCCUGAACAAGGAGUCGCGGAGGAAAACACCUGUGGUUGUAGCCCUGAAAGAGAAUGAAAGAUUCUUUGGGGAUAGUGCAGCAAGCAUGGCCAUCAAGAACCCCAAGGCCACAGUGCGUUACUUCCAGGACCUGCUGGGGAAGAGGACUGACAACCCACAUGUGGCACUUUACCGAGACCGCUUUCCUGAGCAGGAGCUGGGUACUGACCCACAUAGGCAGACUGUUCGAUUCCAGCUGAGCCCGCAGCUGCAGUUCUCUCCUGAGGAGGUCCUGGGCAUGGUUCUCAAUUACUCUCGUUCCCUAGCUGAGGAUUUUGCUGAACAGCCUAUCAAGGAUGUAGUUAUUACUGUACCAGCAUUCUUCAACCAGGCAGAGCGGCGGGCUGUGCUGCAGGCUGCCCGGAUGGCUGACCUGAAGGUGUUACAGCUCAUUAAUGCCAACACUGCCACCGCCCUCAGCUACGGAGUCUUCCGCCGAAAAGAUAUCAAUGCCACUGCCCAGAAUGUGAUGUUCUAUGACAUGGGCGCAGGCAGUACUGUGUGCACCAUCGUCACCUAUCAGACGGUGAAAACCAAGGAAGCUGGUACUCAGCCCCAGCUGCAGAUCCGCGGUGUGGGGUUUGACCGAACUCUGGGGGGCCUGGAGAUGGAACUGCGACUGAGGAAGCAUUUGGCAAAACUCUUCAACGAGCAACGCAAGGGUCAGGGGGCAAAGGAUGUUCAGGGAAACCCUCGGGCCAUGGCCAAGCUGCUCCGUGAGGCCAACCGGCUCAAAACCAUCCUGAGCGCCAAUGCUGACCACAUGGCACAGAUUGAAGGGCUGAUGGAUGAUGUGGACUUCAAGGCAAAAGUGACCCGGGCGGAAUUUGAGGAGCUAUGUGAAGAUCUGUUUGAUCGCGUGCCCGGGCCUGUGCAGCAGGCUCUCAGCAGUGCUGAAAUGAACUUGGAAGAGAUCGAGCAGGUGAUCCUGGUGGGUGGGGCCACUCGGGUUCCCAAAGUACAGGAGGUGCUGUUGAAGGCUGUGGGCAAGGAGGAAUUAGGGAAGAACAUCAAUGCUGAUGAAGCCGCUGCCAUGGGGGCCGUGUACCAGGCUGCGGCCCUGAGCAAGGCCUUCAAGGUGAAGCCGUUCGGUGUGCGGGAUGCCACCGUCUAUCCCAUCCAGGUGGAGUUCACCAGAGAAGUAGAGGAGGCUGGCCCUCGGAGCCUGAAACAUAACAAACGGGUACUCUUCUCUCGGAUGGGACCCUAUCCCCAGCGAAAAGUUAUCACGUUUAACCGCUACAGCGACGACUUCCAUUUCCAUGUGAACUACGGGGACAUGGGCUUCUUGGGGCCUGAGGAUCUGAGGGUGUUCGGCUCUCUGAACUUGACCACAGUGAAGCUGAAGGGAGUUGGGGAAAGCUUUAAGAAGUAUCCUGACUAUGAGUCCAAGGGUAUCAAGGCCCACUUCAAUCUGGAUGAGAGCGGCGUCCUGAGCCUGGAUCGGGUGGAGUCUGUAUUUGAGACAACAGUGGAGGAGAAGCCUGAAGAGGAGUCCACUCUCACCAAACUUGGCAACACCAUUUCCAGCCUUUUUGGAGGCGGCUCCACUCCAGAGGCCAAGGAGAAUGGGACAGACACUGUGCAGGAAGAAGAGGAGGCUCCAGCUGAGGGGAGCAAGGAGGAACCCGGGGAGCAGGGCGAGCCCAAAGAGGAAGCCAAGGCCCCGGGCGAAGGGGACGCUCGCCCCCCAGCCCCUGAACCAGUGGAUGGUGUGGCCCCGGAGGGAGAGGCUACAUCAGAGAAGGGUGACGUGGAAAAAGCUGAGGCCCAGGAACCAAGUGACCAAGGGGAACCAGGGCCAGAGGGCAAAGCUCAGCCCCCCGAGGAGGAAAAGAAGCCAAAGGUGGCCAGAAAGCAAAAGAUGGUGGAGGAAAUUGGAGUUGAACUCUCUGUGCUUGACCUUCCUGACCUCCCAGAGGAUGAGCUGGCACGUUCUGUGCACAAGCUUCAGGAACUCACACUUCGAGACUUGGAAAAACAGGAAAGGGAGAAAUCAGCCAACAGUCUGGAGGCUUUCAUCUUUGAAACCCAGGACAAGCUCUACCAGCCAGAGUAUCAGGAGGUAUCCACUGAGGAGGAACGAGAGGAGAUCUCUGGGAAGCUUAGCUCAGCCUCCACCUGGCUAGAGGAUGAAGGCUUUGGUGCCAGCACCAAGGAACUGAAAGAAAAGCUGGCCGAGCUGAAGAAGCUGUGCCGGGGGCUUUUUUUCCGCGUGGAAGAGCGAAAGAAGUGGCCUGAGCGGCUGGCUGCCCUGGACAGCCUCCUCAACCAUUCCAACAUCUUCCUCAGGGGUGCCCGGCUAAUCCCAGAGAUGGACCAGAUUUUCACAGAGGUGGAACUAAGCACGCUGGAGAAAGUCAUCAAUGAGACAGGGGCCUGGAAGAAUGCCACCCUGGCAGAACAAGCCAAGCUCCCCGCCACAGAGAAGCCGGUUCUGCUUUCAAAGGACAUCGAGGCAAAGAUGCUGGCUUUGGACCGGGAGGUUCAGUACCUGCUCAAUAAGGCCAAGUUCACCAAGCCCCGGCCUCGGCCCCGAGACCAGAACAAGACCCAGACUGAUCCGCCACAAAGUCAAAAUGCCAGUGCCCAGGAGGAGAAGGUCAUUCCACCACUAGAUGAAGAUGCAGAGCCCAUUCUAGAGCCCCCUGCUGCGGGGGAGAAGGCGAAGAUUCCUGACUUAGGGCUUGAUCUAGGGGAUGCUGAGCCAUUGGAAUUGAGUGGACCAGGGGCAGAUUCAGAGCAGAAGGAGCAGCCUCCACCCCCAAGGCCUCAGGAGACCCGGUCAAAUGAUGAGCUAUAGCUGCCCCGUCCCCAGUCAUCCCCUUCCUCCCAACCACCUCUAUUUAUUGUCCAUUGGGGGAAGGGGGUGGUGGGUCUUUCCCAGGGGUCUCUGAAGAGAGAGAAGCAGCAGCCGCCCCCUGCUCCCUUUUUUCUUCUUGGGGGGGACAGGACAUUAGGGAUUCAAUUGGAGCUGUGACCUCUUUCCCAGGCUCUGGCAACACAACACCUUGAAUGUUUCCAAAUCACCCCGUUUUCUUGCUAUGCCUGGGGGGGGGGUAGGGACUAGCAUGCAAACCGGCAGCUGAGAUAAGCCGGGUGCAAAGGUGCAUCAGGAAACUCCUUCUUGUACCCUGGGAAAUAAAGGUCUGCCUGUGAGAGAGUGGGGAGGGCUUCAGAGAUGGGGAGCUCCUGGCCUGAGAGUGUCUGAUCUUCCCCUCCGGAUCUCCUCACUUUCUCUCCAGAUCUCCAUGGCCACUAACAAAAUGCUGUCCCACAGGCACUUAUUUGGGGGGAAGGGAGAAGAGGGAGACUAACGGAGCCAGUAUCCUCCGAGUUGUCUAGCUUCCUCCCCAUAACCUGAGUUCUCCUUCCUCCCCCACCCUCCUGUCCGUGUUCUUUCCCCUAAAAGAACCAACCCAGUGACACUCCUGGGUGUCACUAAAUCGGGGCUCUGCUUUCUCUCACCCAUAGCCUCACUUCAUAUUGGAGCAGGGGCUUAGGAGGUAAGGAGGCAUAAAUUAACUCAUAUACACCUAGGACAUCCCCCAUAGCUAAGACAGCGAGGCAGGGAUGGGUGAGUUAGAAAUCCACAAGUUCUGUUUUGGAAGAGUGAGGUGGGCUGAGCUCACCCACUGUGGGAGUAGAGAUAGGUAGGAAAAUGGGAUUUGGGUUGUGGGUGGGUAGAUAGGGAUGGUACUAAGGAGGCUGGGUAUGGGGGGGGCGGCUUUCCCAGCAGGCACUGCUUACAUCAUUUUGAUUCUGGCCCCCGUAUGCCCUGGUUUAUCUCAUCUCCCCUUCUGCCACUGUCUCCCAGGCACAGCCUCCCCCUGGGCAGACCAAAAUGUGCUUUCUACUGUGAGCCCCAGCCCCCUGGGGGUGAGGGGGAGCUAGGAAUUGGAAGUAGGAGUGGUGGGUGUUAGGUCAGUUCCUGAAGGGGGGGUGAAGGUUUUUAGCCUCUGCUGUAGAUCCAGGAGUAGUGGGAUCUCUAAUUCGCCUGCAAGGGCCCAACUCCAGGGGUCUACACCAGAGGCUAGGGAAUGUUGUUCCAGCAGGAGGGCAGCCAUGCUGUGUCUGUCUCCAUUCUUUCUUUUUUUUUCUUUUUUGCCACAUUGGCAGAAACAGGGACCUCCAGUGGUCUUGCCUCCCCUCCCCUCCUGUGCAUUUGGGUUCUUGGACUAGGAGUUGAGGCUGGUUGGACAGUUUUGAGUCAAAUUGUACUUUGAGACAUUGUUAAUUGAGAAAUGGUUUCAAUAAAAUAUUCGCUUUUCUACAA